UGGACCACUAAGAUUGCUUGAUAAAGUAAAACAUACUGUACUAUUAUUCUUCAUCAAUGGAAGGUGUGAAAGAUUUUGAGACAGAAUUAGAGGUGUUGAGAGAGACUUUUAGGUCUGGGAAGACAAAAGAAGCAUCAUGGAGGAGGUCACAGCUUGAAGCUUUGUUCACUCUCCUCAAGGAAAGAGAAGAUGAUAUCUUCAAGGCUCUUCAUCAAGAUAUUGGGAAACAUCCUGCUGAGGCCUACAGAGAUGAGAUUGGGACAUUGACAAAAUCUGUAAAUUAUGCCUUGGGAUGCUUAAAAGAAUGGAUGUCAAGCAAAAAGGCUAAAUUACCUCUAGCAGCAUUUCCUACUACAGCAGAAUUGGUUCCUGAGCCUCUUGGCCUUGUCCUUGUUUUCUCGUCUUGGAAUUUCCCCUUUGGAUUAUCCUUGGAACCAUUGAUUGGAGCAAUAGCUGCAGGAAAUGUGGUGGUUCUAAAACCUUCAGAGCUAGCUCCGGCAUGUUCAUCAGUUCUAGCAAAUACUAUUCACACUUACCUAGACAACCAAGCUGUGAAAGUCAUCCAAGGUGGUCAUGUUGUUGGCGAACAACUCUUGCAACACAAAUGGGACAAGAUUUUCUUUACAGGUAGCGCACGUGUGGGACGCAUUGUCAUGUCUGCGGCUGCCAACUAUCUAACCCCUGUCACUUUGGAGUUGGGUGGAAAGUGCCCUGCUGUUGUGGAUUCCCUCUCCAGUUCUUGGGAUAGAGAGGUGGCAAUUAAGCGAAUUCUUGGUGGUAAAUUCGGGACUUGCGCAGGUCAAGUUUGCAUAGGAAUUGAUUAUAUCCUUGUAGAAAAGGAAUUCACAUCUACUUUGGUUGAAGAAAUGAAAAUCUUGAUCAAGAAGAUGUUUGGAGAAAAUCCAAAAGAAACAAAUAGUGUUGCAAGGAUUAUCAACAAACAACAUUUCUUAAGAUUGAAACAACUAUUAGAUAGCAGUAUGGUCAAUGCUUCUAUUGUCUAUGGUGGGUCAUUAGACGAAGAUAACUUGUUCAUUGAGCCAACAAUCUUGGUAGAUCCCCCACUCAAAUCUGCAAUAAUGACAGAAGAAAUUUUUGGACCAUUGCUUCCAAUAAUUACAUUGGAUAAAAUUGAAGACAGCAUUGAAUUUAUAAAGUCAAGGCCUAAAGCACUUACUAUAUAUGCCUACACCAAUAAUGAAAAACUCAAGAGAAGGAUGAUAUCCGAGACAUCAUCAGGAGGCCUAACAUUCAACGACGCAACUAUUCAAUAUGCAGCAGAGACUGUCCCGUUUGGAGGAGUAGGUGAGAGUGGGUUUGGCAGAUAUCAUGGGAAAUUCUCCUUCGAUACCUUUACCCAUGAGAAGGCAGUUAUGAGAAGAAGUUUUCUAACUGAGUUUUGGUUUAGAUUUCCUCCAUGGAAUGAUAAGAAAUUAUUGCUAUUCAAGUCAGCUUACAAUUAUGAUUAUCUUGGUGUAAUUCUUGUUACACUGGGCUUAAAAAGGUCUUGAUAAGUCUCAAACAGCUAAUUAUAUGUAGCUUUUAAAAGAAAAUUAAUUGUAAUUUGGAUUUAUUUUUGUUUUA